UCCAUUUAUUUUUAUCUUUUGCCAAUAUUAAGAUUGCUAAAAGAUGGUUCUUGUAAGAGGUUAUUCUGUGGUUGUGUGUGCUGGUUUGCAAGCGUGGUGAUUUGUUUUACAAGAGAUGGUUUUGAUUAAUCUGAAGGAUGUAAGACCAUUGGCUGGUCUGCUGAACCCAGAGUCCUCUAUAGAUUUAAUAGUUGUAUAAUAUGUCUGCCUGCCCUUACAGACUUUGUGUAUCUUAAGUGUUUGUGCUUUAAAGGGUUCCCUGUUUUAUAUACUUUCUCUAUUUCGCUUUCUUUAAGAGUGCAUCACACUGUCUGUCUUGGUUGACUGGCAGGUCACAUAUUGUUUAAUACAAAUACACCCACCUGUUAUGUCACUAAUGAGCGCACACAACUCAUGACAUGUGCUACUAUUAACUUUUCUUGAACAUAUUCUGUGUUUCUCUUUCUUGAAAUUAAAUUUGUUCACAUGAGAUUGACUAGCAGACUCUCUCUCUCUCUUUCCUACAGAUUAACAAAACGAUUUUACUCUUUUCUUAAUCCUUCAACACUCAACCAGAUGCAACAGCAAGAUUGACUUAAAUCUGCAAACCCGCACACACUCACAAGCCAUGAACUUUGGCACUGCAAAAAGAUGGCAAGCCUACUGAUGCUCCUUUCCAACAUGUUGAAUGAUAUUUCAUUUUAAUUCGGAUCUCAUGAAAACUUUUAUGGUAAAACAUACCAGAGAAUAUCAUCACAUGGGUUUUUACUGCAUCAAAGGAGGAUGUGUAACAGAAAUAAGACACAGUAUGAUUUAUGCAAAUCUGCAUCUGGAGUUUUUAAGUGUGGCAUUUGCAUUUGGAAGCUGUGGCUCUGAACCUAAAUCAUUUGGAUCAGGGAGACCUCCAUUUUUUUAUUUGUUUGUUUAUUUACCUAAAUCACUGUAAUCAUACCCAUCACUUUACUUCAUCUGCAUUGGUGACAUCCCAAAUGAAUCACUGUGCAGCAGUAAGGUUUUAAAGAUGACAGGUGAAACAAUGCUGUUAUUAUCCCAGACAUCAGUGAUUAUCUGUUGACUUCAUUGUAUUAAAGUUGCUUCAUUAUCUCUUUCAGACUUUGUAAAUGAAUGCGGCAGAAUCUCUAUUCUCAGUCUUGUUUUUGCUUAUCCUGAUAGAGGAGGGGUUUGCAUUGGCACAGAAAACACAAGCAUUGCCUCAAAAUGUGGCCGUUGAGGAUAAGAAGCCGGCACACUGUGGGACUUUGAUCCAGACAGCCAAUGGAGGAUCAUUCAGUUCUCCAAACUACCCAAAAACCUACCCAGCAAACAAAGAGUGUGUGUACAUUCUGGAGGCCCACCCACGAAAGAGAAUCGAGCUGACAUUUGAUGACCUCUACUACAUCGAGCCAUCAUUCGAGUGUCGCUUUGAUAACAUUGAAAUUCGUGACGGGCCGUUUGUUUUCUCUCCGUUGAUCAACCGUUUUUGCGGGGCUCUGAGUCCAGGAGUGGUCACCUCCUCUGGACGCUUCAUGUGGAUCAGGUUUAUUAGUGAUGAGGAGUUAGAAGGACUGGGCUUCAGGGUGAAAUAUUCAUACACCGCGGAUCCUGAAUUUUAUCUUCAUGUUGGAGGACUCUUGAAUCCCAUUCCAGACUGUCAAUUUGAACUGUCUGGAUCAGAUGGUAUUAUCAGAUCUAGUCAGGUUGAGGAGGAAAACAAGGUGAAAUCUGGAGAAGCAAUCGAUUGUAUAUGGACCAUUCGAGCUCCGCCUAUGUCUAAGAUAUAUCUGCGCUUUCUGGACUAUCAGUUGGAGAACUCAAAUGAAUGUAAAAAAAACUUUGUCGCAAUUUACGAAGGCAGCAAUGCCAUUGAAGACCUAAAGGCCAAGUUCUGCAGUACCGUUGCCAAUGACAUCACAAUUGAUAACGCUGUGGGUGUGGUCCGAAUGUGGGCUGACGAGACCAGCAAACUCAGCCGAUUUCGUAUGAUCUUCACAGUCUAUGCUGAACCUCCGUGUUUGGCCAACACAUUUUUUUGUCACAGCAGCAUGUGCAUCAACAACACACUGGUCUGUAAUGGUGUUCAGAAUUGUGUGUUCCCUUGGGAUGAGAAUAACUGCAAAGAAAAGAAGUCUAAAAGUGUUUUCCAACAGAUGAGUAAAACUCAUUGCACUGUGAUUGGAGUGGCAACUGGUGUGGUCUUUCUCCUUCUCAUGAUCUCUGUAUUUAUACAAAUGAAACAGCCGAGAAAGAAGGUUUUAAAUCGAAAGAGUUUGGAAAUGCAGGAAUUCUCGGAGCCGCCUCAGUACGAGCUGUUCUCCAUGCGGGAAGCUGAGAUGUCAGAUGAACUUUCGGAGGAGCUGGAGACUCUGCAGAAGCUCCGCCGGUCCUCCAAUACGUCCCGCUGCAUCCACGAGCAUCACUGCGGUGUGCAGGGCAGCGCUCCUCCCGUUGCCAUGGCUACCAGACCGCAUCACCUUGCUCAGGCUUCAGAGGAACUGAGCGGGAUUGUAGGGGCCAGAGGCUGGAGCAGUUACCACGAGCGUAGGAGCGGGUCACACGCUUUCACACGCGCACACCCUUACAGGGCACAGAGUCUGCGUGAGACACUGAACGAUGGGGAGUUGGGUCUGGAGGAGCGGGUUAUGGAGGAGAUCGGGUACAAUGAUGUUUUCAGCCGUGAAGGUGUUAUGAUGGUGCGUAACCCUGUCCAGCAGCGCUCCCUGUCCAUGGACUUCUGAAUGAUGGGAACGUCAGCUGACACUUCAAUAUUAGAUGUAAAAAUACAAUACACACAUGUAGCCUAACUAUAAAUGUUUCCAUUUUUGAUCAUUUCAUCACUAUUGUGCAGUGGUGGCCGGUGACUUCUUUUUCGAGGGCGCACGAUGCGAAGUUCGUCACAACAUGUAUGUAGCCCGUCAUGUGUGUGGUUCGUUAUUUCAAAAUAUGUGUUUGGCGCGUCGAGUGAUCCUAUGUGCAUCACAUGUCUUAAAAUAAGUCCCUGCUGCAGACGUUUAAAGGAUUUAUGAUAAAAGAGAUGCUUGCGUUUGCCAGAUACUUCCAUAAUCUCAUGCGUAAUCAAAGUUUAGUGUUAAGUGAGUGUCUUGCGUGUAUUUUGUGAACAUGAGCGUCUCUUUUAUCAUAAACGGUUUUGACGCGUGUGUAGCAGGCACUUAUUUUGACAUAACACGUGAUGCAAAAAGGUUCACAUGACGCAACAAACACACAUUUUGAAAACACGAGCAACACACAUGACACCCUGGACACUUGUUUUGAAUUUGCGCCCCUCAGAUGAGCAGUCAUGAGCCGACACUGCUAUUGUGUUUAGUUUUCUCCUACAUCAAACACUCAUCAAGCUUUAUUGACAUGAAUGCACACACUGUUUUCUUCAAAAUCAUGUUUUGCAUUCUCUUAGUAUUUUUGUCUUGUUUUCAGUAAAAAUAUA